AUGUCGAAGAAAUCGGAGGCUCCGCUUUCCUUGUCUGACUGCCUCUGCCAAAUUUGCAUGGAGAUCUUCGUGGAGCCUGUGACGCUGCCGUGCAACCAUACCCUCUGUAAUUCUUGUUUCCAGCUGACCGUUGAGAAAGCCAGUCUUUGUUGCCCUUUUUGUCGUCGUCGAGUCUCUUCCUGGGCACGGUAUAAUGCCCGCAGAAAUACUCUUAUCAACUCUGAACUCUGGGAAAAGAUUCAGAAGAGUUACCCAAAGGAGUGUGAGCGUAGGAUUAACGGGCAGGAUUUGGAAGAGGAAAUCUGUGUGCCCCAUCCGCAACAUCAGCUGAGCAAGCCUGGCGAACUGAGGCAGGAAUAUGAAGCAGAGAUUAGCAAGGUGGAGGCAGAAAGGCGAGCACACGAACAAGAGGAGAACAAGGCAAGUGAGGAAUACAUUCAACGGCUUCUAGCAGAAGAGGAGGAGGAGGAACACAGAUUGGCAGAAGAGAGACGAAGGGAGAUGGAGAAACAGCUGAAGCAAGAUGAAGAGUUGGCCUGGCAGCUGAGCAACAGUCUGAAUGACGAUUCCAAAGGACAUGUGCUCGGUAGUCCUUCACCAGCGGGCAGUCCCUCAUCUGAAACGUCCCCAGCUAAUUUGUGCAAGAUGAAGAACAAACCAAACAACUCUGGAGACAUUCAGAAGUAUCUGUCUCCAAAGCUUCAUCGUACCUCAGGAUCAGCAUUGUUCUCUAGAACAACAGAAAGAGGCAGGAGUUACUCUGGCUCUGUGGAGACCAACAGCAACGAAGGCAGCAGUUCUGCCUGGCAAGAUGAGCAAGAGGAAAUGCCAACACUGUCCCCACAGCUGACCGGUGUGAUUAAAGAUCCCAGUGCUAAGGAUUUGUUUUUGGAAUCAUGCAUGAACUAUUUCAGUGCCUCAGCUUUAGGGGAAACUGCCGCUGUCAAGCAGGAGGAAACACGAGGACCAAAUUGUCUAGGAGACGAAGUUCCAGAUGCACUUCACGGAAUUGCAAAAGGAGAACAGUCUAGAACAGCUCUUCGUAGAUCCAAAGGAGAAGAUGAUGGAAUUGAGUCAGACAGUGGCAGUUUAACACCUGUAGAAAGCAUAAACUGUGAAAACUCUGCUGAAAUUUGUGCACGUAUUCAGUCAGCAACAAAUUCUGUGGUGUCUGGCAGCAAAAGUGUAAUAUGUGGUCUCAUGGAAGUGGCUGGGCACUCAGAUGAAGAGAAACCAGAGAAACUGCAGAAUACUAAGGAGACUCCAAAAAGAAAGUCACAGGAGCCACCAGCUGAAGCAGUGGUUGACUUGUGCGUACUUGAUAAGAGGAGAAGAACUUUUCCAGAAAGUUUAGAGGACCAAAGUGAUUUUGACUUGCAAAUGCAGAAAGCUUUUGAGCAGGAGUUCUAUGACAGACGUAUGCAGGAGGAGCAGGACAGGCUUCUGGCUCUGGAACUACAAAAACAGCUCAACAAGGAGGAAAGGACACUUAACCGACAAAAGGGCUCUCCAGAUGAGUACCUUCUUCGCACUAAGCCACCUCAGUCUGUGAAAGACUCUCCUGCUGGAAAGGGAAGUUCUAAGGUGGCAAAAGACUCAAAGGCACCAAAAAAGCAGGCUGAAGCAAAUCACCGCAAGACUCGGAAAAGUUCUUGCAAUGAAAACUGGCAGUCCCCCACCAGAGUCCGAAUGAAAUCGCCCAGCAUCCAGGGAGGAAAAGUUUUGAAUUGCGUGGUUAAUACCAGUGACUCAAAUGAGAUUUGUUCAUUACCUAAGAAUAAGCAAAAGACGAUCCUUCAGAUGUUUAAAAGCUCUGUUGUGGAGUAG